AUGGCGGCCGCCCACGGCGGGGGACUCAGGCGCACGAUCCCUCCCCCGUUCUGCCCUCUCCCCCCGGCGAGCUCCUUCUCGUUCAGUUGUCUCAAGCCGGCGACUUGCUCUGCAAGGCGAGCAGCCCAGGCGGCGGCGGCGGCGGCGAAUGAGAGGACGCACAACUCCACGGACCAGAAGCUGAAGAGGCUCUGCAGGGAUGGGAGGCUGCAGGAGGCCAUCGCCAUGCUCGAUGAUGAGGGCGCGUCCGUCGCGACCAAGACAUACAUCUCUCUCCUCCAGUCCUGCAUCGACUCCAAGUCCAUAGCCGAGGGCCGGCAGCUCCACGAGAAGAUCGGGCUGGUGCGCAACCCCACCGCCUUCGUGGAGACGAAGCUCGUGAGCAUGUACGCUAAGUGCGGCGACCUGGAAGAGGCCCGCAAGGUGUUCGCCGCAAUGCACGAGCGGAAUCUCUUUUCGUGGUCGGCGCUGAUCAACGGCUUCGCCCGUGAGCACCGCUGGGAGGAGGUCCUCGGUAUCUUCUUCCAGAUGAUCGAGGAGGGGGUGACCCCGGAUGCCUUCCUGUUCCCCAAGUUCCUGCAGGCCUGCGCGAACCUGGGUGACGCCGAGACCGGUAGGCUGCUACACUCCCUCGCCGUGCGGACGGGACUGUCGGAGCUCGCUGUGGAGGCCCACGUCAGCAACUCCAUCCUCGCCAUGUACGCCAAGUGCGGCGAGUUGGGCUCCGCGAAGAGAUUCUUCGACAAGAUGGGCACCAGGGAUCGGGUCUCCUGGAAUUCGCUCAUAUCGGGGCACUGCCAGUGCGGCGAGCUCGAGGAGGCCCUCCGGCUCUUCGAGAGGAUGCUGCAGGUGGAAGGUAUCGAGCCGGGGCUGGUCACCUGGAACAUCCUCAUCACGAGCUACAACCAGAUUGGCAAGGCCGACGUCGCCAUGGGGCUGAUGAAGAAGAUGGACCAUUCCGGGCUGGUCCCGGACGUGGUCACCUGGACCAGCAUGAUCUCCGGGUUUGCUCAGAACAACCGCCCGGAGCAGGCCCUCGAUCUCUUCCGGCAGAUGCAGCAGGCAGGCGUCUCCGCCAACCACGUCACCUUCGCGAGCACCAUCUCCGCCUGCGCCUCCCUCAAAGACUGCCGAGCGGGCGCUCAGCUCCACGCCGGCGCGGCCAAGGCGGGGUGCGCCGGCCGCCCGCUGGUGGGCAACUCUCUCACAGACAUGUAUGCCAAAUGCGGGAGACUGGAUGAGGCCCGCAGGGCCUUCGACGGGACCGCGGAGAGGGACGUCUUCACGUGGAACUCUCUGAUCGGAGGAUACGCUCAGGCCGGCUACUGCGGCAAGGCCUACGAUCUCUUCUCCAGGAUGGAGGGAUUGGGCGUUCAACGGAAUGUCGUCACCUGGAACGUGAUGAUCUCUGGGUACCUGCAGAGCGGGGACGUGGACCAGGCCAUGGAGCUUUUCCGGAGCAUGGAGGCCGACGGCGUCGAGCGGAGCACGUCUUCCUGGAAUCUGCUCAUCUCGGGCUCGCUGCAGAACUCCCAGCGCAACGCGGCUAUGGGGAUCUUCCGCCAGAUGCAGUCCCUCGGGCAGAGGCCCAACCACAUCAGUAUCCUCAGCGUCCUCCCGGCCUGCGCCAACAUCCUUUCCCACCUCAAGGUGAAGGAGAUCCAUGCCUGCGCGCUCCGCCGCCACCUGAUCUCCGAGGUCUCCGUCUCCAACUCCAUGGUGGACGCCUACAUGAAGUCGGGCGAUGUGAACAGCGCCGAGUCGGUGUUCGCUGCCAUGCCGUCCAGAGACGUGCUGUCCUGGAAUUCCUUGAUUGACGGCUACGUUCUGCACUGUCGGCCCACCGCCGCCGUCGACGUUUUCCGGCGAAUGAGCUCGGAAGGAGAGGUGAAACCAGACCACUCGACCUUCGCCGGCCUCAUACACGCCUACGGUCUCGGGGGAAUGGUGGCCGAAGGGAGGAGGCUCUUCGCCAGCAUGACCGGGGAGCUCCACGUACGGCCGACCUCAGAGCACUACGCCGCCAUGGUUCAUCUCUUCGGUCGCUCCGCCAGGCUGACCGAGGCAACUGGUUUCAUCGAGAAGAUGCCCCUCGAGCCCGAUUCUAAGGUCUGGGCGGCGCUACUGACAGCCGGGAGGGCGCACGGUGACGCGGCCUCGGCUAAGCUAGCAGCAGAAAACCUGAGGAGGCUGAAACCGAGGAACCCGGUGAUCAAGUGGCUGUCUUUGCAGCUGCAAGCGAUGCUCAGCGGAAACGGCGGCGAUCCGCCGACGGCGUCCAAGCUCAAGAGAUCGAGCGGCGGCGACGAGGCCCUGGGCUGCUGCUGGGUCGGAUUGAAGUACAAGGUUCACACCAUCCCGGCCGGUGAUGUCGCGAUGCUCGGCUCGGAGCCCAUCAGAAAGAUGCUCGACGGCAUAGUGAAAAGAAUGGAGUUGACGGAGUGGGACGUCCCCAGCAGGCAGCUCGCGAUCGAGGACGAGGAGAGGGAAGAAGCCACGGGAAUCCGCUGCGAGAAGAUAGCCUUGGCUUUCUCGCUCGUCCACUCUUCCUCCGGAGUCAUCCGGAUAGUCAAGAACCUACGGGUGUCUGCCGGCGGCCACGCCGCCGCCAAGUUCAUCUCCAGGGCGUUUCAACGCGAGAUCCUGAUCAAGGAUCCCAGAAGCCUCCAUCGUUUCAAGGACGGGCAGUGCUCCUGCGGGGAGUACUGGUAA